AUGGACGACGAGAUGGAGUCCGCAUUCCGCAACGCCAACAUGGAUUUCCUAGACCCCAUACAAAUGGACAUGCCGUCGGAUACGGCUGGAGGUGACUUUGACGACCUUUUUUCCCACGUCACCAGCGCACGCUCCAACGGCGCCCCCGAGUCCUCCAAGCAUUACCAGAAUCAGCACCCUCUGAGGCAACCAGCCAUGGCUGCUGAUUCCCCAGCAGAGUCCCCGGACAACUCUAGCCGCAGUUCUUCAUCAGAAUCACCAAGAAUUCAUCUACGCCAGACCUCGGUCGCAUCCACAAACUCCGUCGCCCAUAGUGAGAACCAGUUGCCGUCCGCUGGAUUUGCCUCGGAAGAUUGGAUGCGCCCUGAUUUAGCAUCAGUCAAGGAAGAUUCACCGUUUACGAUAGAACCCUCAUAUCCAAUGGAUGGUGUGUUCCCGGACCUGGAGUCUAGCAACAAGGCGAUGGACGCGGCGUUCGAUUUCGAGAGCGCAGCGAGCAGUCCUAGUCCACUAAAAGCCGAGAACGUGCCUCAGCCCAAUUCUCAGCAUCUUACCACGCAACACCUUUGGAGCCCGUCAAGUGCUUCGGCUCAGCCGGCGUCGAGCGACGCCGCGGCAGCAUCCUCAGCUCAUGGACCCGGGUCACCCUUUUUCUCCUUCGGUAUGAAGGAGCAGUCUCCCUUUUCUGGGUCUGCUCAUGUAUCCGCCGCUCAUCCUCAAUGGGGCGGACAGUCCCCAUCGUCCCUUUUGGAGGAAAGUUUCGGCGGCAUCAACAUGAACGGACACUCCCCAAUGAAUGCGUCAUUAUCACCCAGCAUGAACUUCGGCUCUCCGGCCUCAUUCCCAUUUCCGGUCAACCUUGCGUCUUCCCCUGCCCAGCAUCAAAUAGACACCACAAACUCCGUGCAAUCUGUGCAACCUGUUCUGACGGUUCAUCCUACAUCGCUCAAAUCUCGAGUCGAGACACAAAUCCCUAUUCGAUUGACGCUAUCUCCGUUGCCCGCCGGCGUGAAAAAAUUGCGCCUGCCAUCACACACCAUCUCUAAAUUGAAAUUCCUCGCCCCUCCUUCUACCGAAUCCUCCCACGACACUCUCCGAUUGUUUACCAGUUUGGUUUGCACGAGCGCAAUGCAGGACCGAGAAAAGUUAAAGCGGGCUUUCGCACGGACUCGGGGUGAGAGAAACGCGAAUGGAGUCGAAGAGGAGCGACCAUUGGACGGUGGAGAUGUCAAAAUUUGUGGAGGCUGUAUUCAACGAGAACGGAAGCGCGCUUCUCGGAAGAAGCAACGGAAGCCGGAAGAAGACGAGCUCUUCCAAAAGGACGAAGAGAAGCGCGUGAUUGUUUUCAACACGAGCGAGCUUAAAGAAUGGACCGAGCCAUCGAAGAACGCUUCUUCCGGCUACAAUGAAAUGCCACUCGCUCCCCCGGGAUCGAUGCAGGUGGAGCUUCCCAUGCGAAUUGCAUGUUACUGUCGUCAUCAGAACGAGAAGCUUGGGUUCCAGGUCAUCUUCACUGUGAAGGAUCACACGGAUAAUGUUGUCGCUCAGGCUAUCACAAACUCCAUCAUGAUCACUGAUGACCACAAAACGCAAGCUCCUUCUGCACCCCCCACAGGUCCUGCAGCGGCUAUGUCUGACGGAUCUUCAUUGCCCGGUGCAGGUGUAUUCUCGUCCGGUCUGAACGGCGAGAACGUCAAGGCCAAUGGUGCAUUUGCGUCCCCACAAUCUCCAACUGAUCUUCAGGGUCUGCAGCAAAGGUUCAAUUCGCAGUAUCAAUUGACGCCGAGCUCAUUCGCCCCUAUUCAGACCUCAACCAAUGGCGUAUCGUCGACUAACCAAACUCCCCGAAGCUUGUCUCGACAGGCUUCCCCAACGGAUUUCCAAAGCCCGCAGACGAAGAGGCGGAAGCACAGCAGCUCAGGAAGACUCCCCUCUGAACUGACAAUGACACGGAUGGAGACGCCUCAAUCAUCAAACUCAGCUAUGAACAAUGCUGCACAGCUUGCCGCUGCCCGAGGGUUCGCAUCACCGACGGAGCGGCCAUUUGUGACACCAACGUCAAUGUCCGGGCAAUAUGGCAAUGGACCUCCGACUCCCAACCAAGCCAAUGAUAACAACAAUCCCUUCUUCAACCCCACACCUGCUCAGCGACAAAGCUUGGAUAAUCUAGCCCAGCAACCUAUGGGGUCUGGACCCAAUUCGGCCCAGCCUAGUCGUCCUGGUACCCCCGGCGCUUCUAGUCGUAACGGGUUCCAGGAUCCAAACCUUGCCCUUGCCCUUGGUUCCAACUCCGCAAGCCAAAUCUGGCCUCAACUGGCUACUACUCCCAAUCGCCUGCCGUCGGUGAUCCACAAACUUGUGCCCGCUGAAGGCUCGAUCACUGGAGGCACAGAGGUUACAUUAUUGGGUAGUGGCUUCUACCCCGGUAUGGAAGUGGUCUUUGGUGAUACUCUCGCCACUACCACUACUUUCUGGGGCGACAAAUGUUUGAAUUGUUUGACCCCUCCUGCUCUCCAGCCCGGUCUAGUAUCAGUGGUUUUCAAGCACGAACAUCCGACUUUUGGUCAGGUGCAAACGCCCCAGCCACUCAUGCCAAAACAACAAUUAUUUUUCAGAUACGUGGACGAUCGAGAGCUGCAAAUGUAUCGCUUGGCGCUCAACAUUCUUGGACAGAAGUUGGGCAGUCAAGCGGAUGCAUUCCAGACAGCUCAGCAGAUCAUGGGCAGCGACCCGAAUGCUAUCUUCAACCUGCAGAAGGAUAUGCAGGGCGGUGGCUCCUCUGGCGGUCAUCAGCGACAGGUUCCCGGACACGAAUCUCAGGGCAAGCUCAGCGAUCUUGAUUCGAAGAUGCUGACUUACCUGGAAUUCAUCGACCUUGACGAUAGCCCCCGUCCCCCGCGCUACAACUCUCGCAGCACGACUGGUCAGGGUCUUCUCCACUUCGCAGCCUCGUUAGGCUUGACCCGAUUCGUCGCUGGACUGUUGGCACGCGGGGCUAAUCCUGAUGUACAAGACAACACGGGCAACUCGCCAAUGCAUCUGGCUGCUCUGCACGGCCACGCUCACAUUGUCCACCGACUCCGUCUGGCAGGUGCCAAUGCCCAUGCUCGCAGUGUGCGUGGCUUCACCCCUGCUGAUCUGGCGACCACUCUACCUGCUCACCAGGCCGCUUUGCUCCCAUCCCGUCACUACCGGUCUCGCAGUGUUGGGUCUCUUGGCUCCCGUCGUAGGCAUAGCAGUACCGCAUCUCUCAGUUCGCUUUGGGAGGCAUCAUCUGCUUCCGGUUCAUUGGGCCAUGCCGUUGACGAUUACAGCGAUCUGGAGGAUGAAGAAGAGGAGAGCGAAGACUUCGAUGGAAACCCUAUUCACCUGAGCUUGUCUCGACGAUCAAGCGUGCAUCAGGAUGUCGUUCCGCCAGUCAUGGAUACAGUUGAACCGCCUGCGGCACCGGGCGAUGCUCGUGGAUUUUCUACCCCAGAAACCAUUGUCGCUUGGCGGAACCAGCUGGCUGCACAGAUUCAUCAAUUCCAGCAGAGUGUGGCCAAUGUCUUCCCACACAUUCCCGCUCUGCCUCCCAUGCCAGCUUUGCCUGAUUAUCAGGCCAACCAAAUGAUGCGUCGCAUCACUAAUUUGGUACCUAACCGGCCCACCGCUCGGGAGGGUUGGUGGGACCUGUUGAAGGGCAACACCGCUCAGGGUCAAACCUUGCCUCCUUCCUACGACGAAUUGUACCCACAUCAACAAGAUGCAGCAGAAGACGCUGAGAUGAAAAAGUCCGCUCUCCUGCAUGCAGCCACGGAGGCGGCUUUGGACCAGCAUUUUGAGGCCCAGAGCAAUUUCGCCUCUGGCUCUGCCUGUGCAUCCGCGUCUACUUCAGCAGCUUCAAUGGCCGCGGAGCGUCCCAGAUCAGCCAAAGACGACCUUAAAGACAUUACAAUCGGCCGAAAGGUCAUUUCGCGUGAGCAACAGAAGCACCUCCGAGAGCACCAGGCUCGCCGGAUGAAAGGUCUGGGCAGCGACAGGAACCUGUACUUCUUUUGGAUUCCUCUUUUGCUUCUAGUUAUUUUCGCGUGGAUUCGCAACUACGUGCCUGGUAUCUGGCAAGGCGUUACGGAAACCUAUGAUUUUGUGAAGGCUCACGCGACACAGCGGGCUGUGGGAAUGGGCAUUUAA